AUGGAACCAUUAAGAUCUUAUUCCUCUUCCUCUUCAUCCUCCUCCACCACCAAGUACUUGUCCCAAACCAUCCAACCAACAAAGGGUUCAACUUCAAACUCAAAGCAGCUUCCCCAUCACCAGUCAUCACUCCACUCGGUUCAAAAAUCUUCGUUGAAGCCAUGGAAGAAGCCUGCGGUUGCACCACUCCCACCAACCAAACCAACCCCAUCAAGAAUCUACAAAGUUGACCCCAUUAACUUCAGGGAGCUUGUCCAGCGCCUCACCUGCGCGCCGGAGUUUAUGGAGACUCGGUCUCUCCAGAGCGUAGCGCCUCCACUGAUCGAUAUCCGCGCGUCUUCUGUACCAAAUCAUGUCCAUUCUUCUUCACCAGAAAUUAGCUCACUAUUUUCUGUAAUGUACAAGGACUUGUCGGAUACUUUGGAGCUGAGUCCGAUGCCUCGCCAUAAGAAGGUGCAUGGUGGCACGGUGGACUCGAGCUAUUAG